UUGAAAUUUUGUUUCAUAAAAACAUGUCUGUUUACAAAGACUGUUAUUUUUAUACGAGAGCUUCUUAUCGCGUUUAUUACAAUGAUGCAGUAAGACAUUGUGAACCCUCUUUCCUGAGAUUAUCACCACAAUGAAACAAGCAUUCUCURUAAAGUACAGCUAAAAAUGGCUUCUGGCUUUGCAAGAAAGUUGUGUGGACGAAGACAAGACGAAGAACCUGAUGAAGUAGUUCCAUUAAGAUUUGAAGAAGAAAUGAGAGCACAGCAAAAAGCCAGACUUCAACCAGAAACAAGAGUUCAGCGAGAACAGAAGGAUGAUCUUUUUGAUGCAAUUAGAAGAUGUGACUUAGAGCACAUAAAGAAGCUGAAAGAACGAUUUUCAUUUAAAGAUAUUAGAGACAAUGUAAGUAAUGUUUCAAAUACGAGUUGUUGUAUUCUAUUGGGGUUUCAAAAUUCGAGUGGAAUUUCAAAUGCUGAGGCGUAAACGAGGAUUUUGAAACCCUAAUAAAAUACAGAGACGAGUAUUUGACACGACAUCUUAUACUCUUUUUGUUAUGUUUGUUUUUAUUUCAAAGUUCUACUACUUUGAAAUAUUUCAAAGUCCGAGUAGUAGGACUUAAAAAUAUUUCAAAGUACUAGAACUUUGAAAUGGGUGCGGUCGUAUUUGAUA